UUUGUGGUUCCGUCCGGCUGCUUUGUGUACUGCCCUACUGCGGUGGCGCUUUCCGUUUCACAUCCCGGUCUCAUCCACCGACCAACAAGACGCGACACCCUUUACCGAGCUCCAGGGGCCAGUUAGUCACCGCGUGACCAUGGGGGCAAACAAAGAGGUGACAUCGUCAAUGGCAACCAGUAAGGGUUUCCCGUAGUGACCCUAGGGUCAUGGAGCUGAGAUAACCCACUCCCGUCAGUCGGUCCGAUCUGCUCUGUUGUGGUAACCAUGGGAACAUCGCGGUGCUUCCGUCUGGCGUUCCUGCUGGGGACCGUUCUAAUGAUCCUGCUCAUCAUCAUCUACUGGGACGACGUUGGGGCGCUGCACCUUUACCCCCACGACCCCCACCCCCACCCCACCCUGCCUCUCCCCCCUCCACCCUCCAAACACCCACCCCACAACCGGCCGGGAGAGCGGAGGACGGGAACCCCCGGACGAACAGGGGAAGAGCGCCCCCUCCGGCAGGGAACAAACCCCUCCGACCAUGAGGAGAGAAGGGGGCAGAGGAGGGGAGAGGAGGAGAAAAGGGAGGAGGAGAAAAUGAAGCAGGUGGAGAAGACAGAGGUGGAAUGGAGGAGGCAGGAGGAGAGAAGGAGGCGGAUUACUGAUGUUUGUUCCGCUAAUGGAACGAUAGAUUUCCCAGGAAAAUUCCGGACGUUUGACCAGAUUCCGAAUCGAGAACUAGACCACCUGAUAGUAGAUGACAGACAUGAGAUAAUUUACUGCUACGUUCCCAAGGUGGCCUGUACCAACUGGAAGCGAGUGAUGGUGGUUCUGUCUGAGGGUCUUCUCACUCCUGAUGGGCAGCCCUACCGCAACCCCCAGGCCGUGCCCUCUGACCUCAUACACAAUUCCUCCCUGCACCUCACCUUCUCCAAGUUCUGGCGUCGGUAUGGACGUCUGUCUCGUCACCUGAUGAGGGUGAAGCUGCAGAGUUACACCAAGUUCCUGUUUGUCCGCGACCCUUUCGUCCGUCUGAUCUCCGCGUUUCGCAACAAGUUCCAGCAGCCCAACGAAGACUUCUACCGCCAGUUUGGCUCCGUGAUGUUGCGUCGUUAUGGGAACGGGGACGGGAAGGGGAACGGUUCAUACAGGGUUCCGGAAUCGGCGGCGGAGGCGUUUACUGAGGGGAUCCGCCCCUCGUUCUCCGAGUUUGUGAAGUAUCUCCUGGACCCAGAGACGGAGCAGAAACAGCCAUUCAACGAACACUGGCGGCAGGUGUAUAGAUUGUGCCAUCCCUGUCAGAUCCAGUAUGACUUCAUCGGCACUCUGGAAAACCUGGAAGCCGACUCUGAUCAGCUGCUCCGGAUCCUUGGUCUGGAAGACCAGAUCGACUUCCCGCCUAGCAACCGGAACCGCACGUCCACCAGCUGGGAACAGGAUUGGUUCGCGGAGGUUCCAGAAGAGCUAAGGAGGAAGUUGUAUAGUCUGUACGAGCCGGACUUUGAGCUGUUUGGGUAUCCGAAACCAGAGAGUCUACUACAUAACUGAUGAACUGUUUGGGUUUCCAGAACCAGUGUCUACUACAUCACAGAUGAGCUGUUUGGGUUUCCAGAACCUUUCACCAGUGUUAGCCAACUUUCUCCUCAGGACGCUUCACACCUUCGCUUGAACCCAAAACUGGCCCACUUGGUCAGUCAAGCUCUCUUCAUGCCUAAACAUAGGAGAUAAACUUUUAAAACUCAGCCUUACACAUCUAACUGAUUGCCAGGGACUGAAUCCUGGGUCCCCUGCAAGGCUAUGUUGUUAGUCCAAUGAGCUAAAGCCUAAGCAUUCACUCUGGGAGAUUAUCCUCCAGGAGAUUAUGUCCAGGAGAGAAGAGUAUUUUAUGAUGUGUUUUUGUAAAGGGAAUAGUCUAAUGAAAUGUCUUUUUAAAAUAUAACAAUUUUGUAUAUA